AUGGUCAGCGAAGGAGAAGACAGAUUUAUGGAUGCUGAAAACAUGCUGCAUUUGGGGCGCCUUGCUGUUAAACCGCCGCCGUUUUGGAAACCUGAUCCACGUCUGUGGUUUGCUCAGGUCGAAGCGCAAUUUGCGCGCGCUGGUAUCACGACAGACGAUACCAAGUAUUACACUGUUGUCGCCGAAAUCGAUUCGGCGAUCUUAAUGCACGCCAGCGAUAUUAUUGCAUCUCCCUCAACUACAGGCAAGUACGAAGCGUUAAAGGAGAGACUACUAGCUGAAUUUGGUGAGCCGACAGAGAAAAGACUUAAGCGACUUUUUGAGUCAUGCGAAUUAAAUGACAAGAAACCGACUACGUUACUACGGGAGAUGAAAGAUUUGGCACAUAAUCGAUUGGAUAAGAGUAUACUGAAGUCAAUUUGGUUGCGGCGUUUGCCUCUGCAGGUGCAACAAAUCUUAACGACAUUGGAUGAGGAUGUAGAAGUGUUGGUGAAAAGAGCCGACAGCAUAAUGGAGGUAACUACUACCAACGUAGUGAAUGCGGUAAACGCGUCUAACAACAGCAACGUGGAGGUUGCCACCAUUGCUGACCUUGAAUACAGGCUGGACAGACUCGAGCAAAACAACCGUAAUAGAUUCCAACGCAUGAGACAAGUGGAGCGAAACAGCGCUCCUCGCUUACGGCCGACUACAACUGUACGAGGGGGUUCUGAACAAUUGGCUAGAGAUUAUAUAUGUUGGUACCACCGUACCUUCGGUGAUCGAGCCACUGGAUGCAGGUCACCUUGCCGUUUUACGCAAACACGUUCGGAAAACUAG